AUGAACUCACUCCCCAGCAGCAACAAAAAGCCCAACCGCCACUCCCUCCCAAAGGCAAGCAACAUUUGGCAACAGCACCAACAACAAAUGCAACAACAAAUGCAACAGCAGCAGCAGCAGCAACAGCAGCAGCAGCUUCUGAACUACCAAAAGCAACAACAGCAAGGAAUGCUCGCUUCGCCCCCUCCCUCCCCACUCUCUCUCGAUACCCGUCGCGCAGGUCUCCCUCGUUUGAGCCUCGACACCUCUCAGGAAUGCCUUUUACAGAAAUCGCCCACCAUCAUCCAGCAUGGCGAUCAGAGCUAUCUCAAGCUAUUCUCACCCACGCUUGUCGACUCUCCUGUUAGUUACUUGGAUGAGAAGCAACAGAUUGCAGAUAAUAAGAUGUGGGAGAAUGGACCUGAUGAGGCCUUCCAGAAGCAAUUGGACAUGGAGCGACGCGACGCACUCAAAGCCCGAUCAAGGCAGCAACUCCGUGGAUUCCUGCUGGGUCUCUGGCUCGGCUUCCUCAUGGGCCUCUUGGUCCUCCAACAAACCUCCGCCAAGGUCUUCAUCCCAGCCCAUCUCGCCAGACACGAUACCUCGCCAUUGAUGCUGUUCACGGUCCUAUUGUCUUGUGUGGCCGUAUAUCGGUCAGGUACACGCUGCAUCAUGACGGCGAUUGCGACCUGCGUGGCCGUCUUGACCUGCUUUGCGACGUUGAUUGCUAACCAGACCCGGUACGCGCCCCAGUUCAUUGUCUACAGAUCUGCUGGUGGUGGAGAUGCGACUUUGUCCGCUUCUUCGUCUUAA